AUGCAUUCAUUCACUCCUCAGUUUCUCGAAGUCUUUGAAAAAGUGAAAAACAAAAUGGAUGAGAGGACCUUGAUUUUGAGUCUGACAGAGGAGCUUGAUGGGAUAAGGAACACGAUGUUGCAAAGAGUGCGUGCGAUGUCUUCCAGGCCAGUACAUCCACCAGGACGAUCACGAUCCUACUUAGAAUGGGGGGAGGAUCUAGUGAAGAACAGAAGGUUUCAGAUAAAAGUUCCGGACAAAAUCAUGGCAAAACGGAAGAAAGGACUGUCAGCUAGGAACCAGAAAAAGGGCGGCUUUUUCGUGUACCCAGGCUCUCAUGUUCAACCGAAGCUCAGUAGAGAUAGCGCAACGUAUUUGUCCUCUUCCCUCGCUGAGUUCACCUUGGUUGAUGAAGCACAGCAAACAUCUUCGCAUUCACUUUUUUCUUCGAACGAGCAUACCAAACUCCGAAACAAUCCAGUGCAAUUCACUAGCGCCGGCCAAACCGAGCCUUUGAAAGGGUCGAUGACAGGAAGUCACGCGCUUUCCAUCGAGAUGCACCGUCUGGUUUACCACGGCGGCAAGCGUCUGUGUGCAGCGCAUCAAGCGAAGAAAUCAUUUUAUUCCGCGGAAGAAACUCAAGAAGGAGCUGCCCAUCGGCGGCAGGUUCUUCAGCAGAAGGAAACACAUCUUAUGCAAGAUUCGAAGCGAAACCGAAAAAUUCACGAAUACAAGUCGACAGUUCCACGAGCACAUGAUGAAGAUUACUUGGAUGAUUAUAUCAGUAAUAUGCAAGAGACCGGAGAGCUAGAUUAUCUUCUUGGUCGAGUAGACCAGAAGCACCGGAAUCUGAUUGUCAGCGAUGAAGAUUCUUGUUUGGUCUCCUCGCGGCCAAACCACAGAAACGAUUAUAUUGAUCAUGCAGCCGAUGCUGGCAAUGAACGUCCAAGAUCCCGCAGUCGUUAUGACGAAGACAUGACCGUGCAUCCUAUUCUAGCACCAAGUGGUCAUUUGUAUAAAUUCCCGUUAUUCCGUGGACAAGUUGACUUUGAAUCCCCAAAUUGGGAGCAGCCAAUCAUAUGUCGUCCGAAACGAGGCAUACUGGGGAAGAAUGCUACGUUAAACGAUCUCAGUGUGAAGUAUUCUUCAGGUAUGAAUAUGGAAGAAAUCGGAGAGGAACUAAGAACAUUUUUUCAAAAUGGCGACGAAUUGAUAUCUUUUCCACCUAUGGACCUACAUGCUCGCAAGAUUAUUCACGAACUGGCCAAUAGAUUUAAUCUGAAAUCGAAAUCAAUCGUCACUUGCUUUUGUAUCAAGCAUCAUGCGCACGAAUUCAUUGCCUCGACACCCUAUUCUCGAUGUUUAUUGUACAGCCGCAAAACCCCAAUUGACCGUGAAGACAUUGCCCCCAUAAAGCAAAACCAUCCGUAA